AUGUGGGCUUGUUUAAAUAAAAAUUGUCCUUGUCUUCCAUUUCGAAAUUCACAACCACUUGACCAUUAUUCUUAUGACGACGAUGAUAACAGAGAGUUUGAAAGUUUGCUGGCGGAACAAAAUCCUGAAUCUAUAGCAGCGUUUCUUUCACGUACUCCAUUUCAGAGGCCUGGUGGUUCAGAAUAUCUAAGAAUUGAUAACAUGGUAACACCUAAUGAAGAAUCCUUAGUCUCGACAGGACGUCUAGAUAAUUUAUUGGACGAUGAAGAUAACUUACAAACUCAGGAUGCGCAGUUUUUGCCUGAUGAGCAGAUUAAUAAAUUUACAGAAUUAAUCGUUAGUGAACAGACAAAAUAUGAUCAAGCAACCGAUGCACAAUUAGCUGCGGAAGAAGAGGAGGCUAGGCGUUUAGAGGAGGAAGAAAUUCAAAGAAAACGUCAAGCAGCUACGGAAGCAGCGUAUGCUAAAGGCUUGAUAACACCGGAUCAUAUCUUUACCGUUAAUGAUGAGGACGACGACGAUGAAGUAACCGAUUCGUCUAGAACCGCAUAUUCUGUGAAUUUAGAUGGGUCUUCGGUUGAAUUAUCCACCACUGAAAGUCCAAUUUAUGAGGAGGAACAAAAUUCAUCAUCAUUAAAUAAACCUCGUAAUCCACAUGAAAGAUUCGUAGCGAGUGAAGUAAAUGAGGAUGAUUAUGAAACGGAUUUUGAUGACUUUCGUAAGAUUAAAGGUUCAGCCGCCCACCAAUUCCAAAGAUCAAGCUACAAUCGACGACCCUCUAACUCGUUCAGUCGCCAGCACUCAACAUGGAGCAUAAUAAGGGAUAAAGAAUCAAAGAUGGAAGACUAUUCACCUUUUCACGUAAGCAUUCUACGAUCCGAUGAUUACGAAAUAAGUCAUGAAGAUUAUAGUCCGACUACAGGAGAUGAAGAAAUUGAUCAUCCUUUUGUCAAUAUUUUACCCGACUUUGAGAGGUUAGGCUCAUUUAUCAAAGGCCUCACAAAUUCCACGAUACUUAAAGGAAAAUACAAAUUGAUAAAUAAAGAUGAGAGCAACAAAGGAAAUAUUAAUCUUAAUAAUCAAGAAAUUAAUAAUUUAAACGAGUUAGAUUUAAAUAACAUCAAAAAUAAUAAGAAAAAAUCGGUUACUUUUACUGCUGAGCCUGAUAGUAGCAUAGAAUCGUCUUCUCCAAUUUCAUAUGGUUUUGCAUUUGGCGGUAGUAAUAGUAUUAGUGGACGUAGAGGUUUGCGUAAAUUAGUUAAUGGGUUAUCGGGUUCUUCCAGAUCUUCAACUGAAGUCAAUGGGUAG